AUGACCGAAACUAUUGAAAACUUAAGGGAUUUCAACUAUUUCAAAUUAAACACCAAUACACAUAUAUUGGUAGAAUAUAUUUGGAUAGAUGGUACUGGAGAGAGACUGAGAUCCAAAACCAAAGUGUACAAUACUGCUAUUAAAAGUCUGGAUGAUGUUGAAUGGUGGACCUUUGAUGGUUCAUCUACAGAUCAAGCAAUCACGAAAUUUAGUGAGAUUUUCCUUAAGCCUGUUUGUAUGGUGAGAGAUCCCUUUCGUGGAGAUCCACAUAAAUUUGUAUUAUGUGAAACAUACAAGCCAGACCGUAAAACACCAGCACGUUUCAAUUUUAGGUGGAUUGCUGAAAAAAUAAUGUAAGAAGCAAGUGAGAAUGAUCCUUGGUUUGGCAUUGAAUAAGAAUAUUUUAUGUUAAAGAGGACAGGCACAACUCAUUUGUGGCCCUUGGGAUGGCCAGUCGGAGGGUUUCCAUAUCCUUAAGGAAGAUAUUACUGUUCGAUAGGAGAACGCAACAAUUUUGGAAGAGCAUUGUCUGAAGCUCAUCAAAGAGCUUGUCUUUGUGCAGGCCUGAAAUUAUCAGGAAUAAAUUCAGAGGUAGCUCCUUCAUAGUGGGAAUUUCAGAUUGGGAUUGCAAGAGGUAUAGAGGCAGGGGAUCAUCUAUGGUUGGCAAGAUAUAUAUUGGAGAGAUUGGGCGAAGAGUUUGGGAUUGAUAUCAAUUAUGAUCCAAAGCCCAUUCAAGGAGAUUGGAAUGGCACAGGGGCUCAUUGCAAUUUCUCAACAACGAGCACAAGAGAAUAGGGAGGGUAUGAAUACAUAAAGGAUUUUAUGUUGCCACUUUUGGAAAAGAACCACCAAAAAAUGAUGUUGUUGUAUGGGUUAAACAAUGAAGCGAGAUUGACUGGCAAACAUGAGACUGGAGAAUACAAUUAAUUCUCUUGGGGAGAUGGCUCUAGGGGGUGUUCCAUUAGAGUACCAAUAAUCACAAAAGAAUUAGGCAAGGGGUAUUUGGAAGAUCGAAGACCUGCAGCCAAUAUGGAUCCAUAUCUUGUAUGUAGUGCAUUAGUUGAUGCAACUUGUAUGAAUGGGAAGUAUCUUAUGACUUUAAUUGAAUAAUUUGCUGAAUCAUUAAAGCAAUUAUGA